AUGCCGCAGCUCAACGGCGGUGGAGGAGAUGACCUAGGCGCCAACGACGAGCUGAUUUCCUUCAAAGACGAGGGCGAGCAGGAGGAGAAGAGCUCCGAGAACUCGGCGGCCGAGCGGGACCUAGCGGAUGUCAAGUCGUCCCUGGUCAACGAGUCAGAAACGAAUCAGAACAGCUCCUCCGACUCCGAGGCGGAAAGACGGCCUCCGCCUCGCUCCGAAAGUUUCCGAGAUAAAUCCCGGGAAAGUUUGGAAGAAGCGGCCAAGAGGCAAGAUGGAGGGCUCUUUAAGGGGCCACCGUAUCCCGGCUACCCCUUCAUCAUGAUCCCCGACCUGACGAGCCCCUACCUCCCCAACGGAUCGCUCUCGCCCACCGCCCGAACCCUCCAUUUUCAGUCCGGCAGCACACAUUACUCUGCGUACAAAACGAUUGAACACCAGAUUGCAAUUCAGUACCUGCAGAUGAAAUGGCCCUUGCUGGAUGUCCAGGCAGGGGGCCUGCAGAGUAGACAGGCUCUCAAGGACGCCCGCUCGCCGUCGCCAGCUCACAUUGUUUCGAACAAAGUGCCGGUGGUGCAGCACCCUCACCAUGUCCACCCCCUCACACCUCUUAUCACCUACAGCAAUGAACACUUCACGCCCGGAAACCCACCUCCACACUUACCAGCCGACGUAGACCCCAAAACAGGAAUCCCCCGGCCUCCGCACCCUCCAGAUAUAUCUCCGUACUACCCGCUAUCGCCCGGCACCGUAGGACAGAUCCCCCAUCCGCUCGGAUGGUUAGUACCACAGCAAGGUCAACCAGUGUACCCAAUCACGACAGGAGGGUUCAGACACCCCUACCCCACAGCUCUGACCGUCAAUGCUUCCAUGUCCAGCUUCCUGUCUUCCAGGUUCCCUCCCCACAUGGUUCCACCACAUCACACUCUACACACGACCGGCAUCCCCCACCCGGCCAUAGUCACACCCACAGUGAAGCAGGAAUCCUCCCAGAGUGACGUCGGCUCACUCCACAGCUCAAAGCAUCAGGACUCCAAGAAGGAAGAGGAGAAGAAGAAGCCCCACAUAAAGAAACCUCUUAACGCGUUCAUGUUGUAUAUGAAGGAGAUGAGAGCCAAGGUCGUCGCUGAGUGCACAUUGAAAGAGAGUGCGGCCAUCAACCAGAUCCUGGGCCGGAGGUGGCAUGCGCUGUCCAGAGAGGAGCAAGCAAAAUACUACGAGCUGGCCCGGAAGGAGCGACAGCUUCACAUGCAGCUCUACCCUGGCUGGUCCGCGCGGGAUAACUACGGGAAGAAGAAGAAGAGGAAAAGGGACAAGCAACCGGGAGAGACCAAUGAACACAGCGAAUGUUUCCUAAAUCCUUGCCUUUCACUUCCUCCGAUUACAGACCUGAGCGCUCCUAAGAAAUGCCGAGCGCGCUUUGGCCUUGAUCAACAGAAUAACUGGUGCGGCCCUUGCAGGAGAAAAAAAAAGUGCGUUCGCUACAUACAAGGUGAAGGCAGCUGCCUCAGCCCCCCCUCUUCAGAUGGAAGCCUACUAGACUCGCCUCCCCCCUCCCCGCACCUGCUAGGCUCCCCUCCCCAAGACGCCAAGUCACAGACUGAGCAGACACAGCCGCUCUCGCUGUCCCUGAAGCCCGACCCCCUGGCCCACCUGGCCAUGAUGCCUCCGCCGCCUGCGCUCCUGCUGGCCGAGGCCGCCCACGGCAAGGCCUCCGCCCUCUGUCCCAACGGGGCUCUGGACCUGCCACCUGCCGCCUUGCAGCCGCUCGCACAGCCGUCAACAUCUUCCUUACAUUCCCACAGCUCGUUGGCCGGGACCCAGCCCCAGCCUCUCUCCCUCGUCACCAAGUCUUUAGAGUAACUUUCAGCUUCGUUAGCCCCGGAUGCUUUGUCGCGUGUUUCCUCUGGCUUUUCUUUCCUCCCUCCGCCUUGAAAGGUUUUGUUUUGUACUCUCUUAAUUUUGUGCCACGUGGCUACAUGAGUUGAUGUUUAUCGAGUUCAUUGGUCAAUAUUUGACCCAUUCUUAUUUCAAUUUCUCCUUUUAAAUAUGUAGAUGAGAGAAGAACCUCAUAAUUCUACCAAAAUUUUUAUCAACAGCUGUUGAAAGUCUUUGUAGCGUUUAAAAAAUAUAUAUAUAUACAUAACUGUUAUGUAGUUCGGAUAGCUUAGUUUUAAAAAGACUGAUGAAAAAAGCAAAAAGAAAAAAAAAAGCGAUUUUGAAGCACCCCUCCAGAAGGAGUUGGUUCUGUAUUAUUUGUAUUAAAUAUGAGCUUGCGAACCAAUCAUUUUACAUCUGGUUUUUCAACCACAAGCGCACGACGAAUGCAGUGCCGUUACCUUAUUUUUUUUUCCCAGUGUGAAACAACUUUUAUUGUGAUGUUACUUGUUAUUGUUUAAAUGUACAGAAACAAAGGGUUAAAAUGUGUUAAUGUACCUUGCUCCAUGGUGUUGUUCUUUUUUGGGGGGGAGGGAUGCCACUCAACAAUGAAUGAAUCACAACGCUGUCGGACCAGUAGUAUUUAUUGCUUUAGAGAUUGCUUGUACCUGUACGUCGUCCCUUUUUAAAUAUGUUUUCCCUUUUCUUGAAACUGUAUAAAGUUUUCCCCCCUUAGCAUAAGCAUCUUAUAUAUAACAAUUCAUUUGUACAAGGUUUUUAAGUUUAUAUAUAAAAAUGUGUAUAUAUAUUUUUUGUUUCCCUUUUGGACCUUUUGUUCUCUUGUUUUUGGGUAUGUUUGUGGUUUUUUUGUUUGUUUGGGUUUUGUUUUGUUUUGUUGUGUUUGUUUUUUGGUUUUCUGUCUUGCUGUACGACACCCAGAUGCCGCCAGAUGGACGUUAACAGUUGCAUUAAAGGAUCAGUAGCAUUAACAAGAGUUGCUUUAAAAAAGCCAUUAUGUAAAACAAGACUUGAAAAGUAGCAGAGGGGAUGUUAGCGACGCUGUAUGAGCAACAGUGGGAACUGCCCCAGUUUCCCCCUUUGAACUGCCAGUAAAUGCCCUGGCCCUUAGGACAUGGACUGACUGUGUGCAAAACUUUAUGUGCCAAAAUUCUCAGUGACUUUAGCUUUCUCCCUCUUUUUGAUGCUGUAAUUUUUGUUCUUCAUGUUUUUGCUGUGAUGUUACAUAGGUAGAUUUGUAUGUAGUUUUAAUGUCACCUAUAACAAAAUGUGUUUGGUAGCAGAUUGUCCAGAAAGCAUUUUAAAUGAAGAGGUGUAAACCCUUAAGGGCCAAAAUUCUGUAUAUUAGAUUACUCUUAAAGGAAAACCCAGCUGCCGCUUCUAUGUACACAUAUUACAUACAAGUAGGUAGCGAACUUUAAAAAUAAAAAAAACCUAGGCAUGUUGAUGUUGCAAAAUGCUGUAUAAAGCUGAAACCUGUUCAUUCAGUGCCAUUGUAGUUGACAUGAAGCGAUUGUAAAACUGUCUCCGAUUUUCUCUGGUUUAUUAAAAUGCUAACUAUAACAUUUUUUUGUGAAUACUUUGAAUGUUUCCUAACAGUUGUGAUGUUACUGUUCCGUUUUAUGCUCUUAUUCCAAGUUCAUUUUUAAUGGUUUGGAAGCCAUUUUUGUAAUGAAUAAAUGUUCAUGCUGUACAGUAUCUGUAGCAUGCCGUUCUGGAGUAAUAAAAGCAACUUAGUAUGUGCAGAUAAAGGCUGGCCACUCUUU